UGCCGGUCGUCACUUCCCUCUCUCAGUCAAGCAAUAGUGUUGUGUUCCUGCCUGCUCGCGGAAGGCGCCCGCUCGCGUUUGCAGCCUAGAACUACAUUUCAGACUUAGAUUAACUUGUCUCGGGCUAGAUUCUGAAAGUUUUCCCUCUGUCUACAUAAGACUGAUAUUACCGUAUCGAAAAUUUUCACUAAUAUAACGUCCCAUUACGAAACGAUCUCAAAAAAAAAAAAAAGAAGAAGAUUAGGACAUUCCCAAUUCGUCGACUCGAGACAAAAGAUUCAAACAUCGCCUUAAAGACUAAAAGAAAUCUGAAAUCCAAAGUUUUCUAAAAAAAAAAAAGGCUCUUCCUCCACUCCCUCCCCCCCGCCCAACACGCCACCAUGCCCCAGCCCGCCCACCUCCUGGUCGCCGCCCUCCUCCUCCUUCUCGCGCCCGCCUCCUCGUCUUCGAAGAAAGACCACUACCGCUUUCGCUCGGAUAUGCCCACAGAGGACCCCGAGUUCAACGGCGAAGACAACUAUUUCGGAAACAGCGUCACCCCCGCCUCUCGCUGCCGCCACAACUACCACGAGCGAACCGAAAACGCCAUUAAUCGACAGAUCAACUUGUUCCUUCACGUUGGAUAUGUGUAUAACAGCAUGGCACAUCACUUCGGGCGCUGCGACGUGGCUCUCCCGGGCUUCAACACUUUCUUCAAGCAAAUGGCUCAAGAACAGCGCGAGAAAUCAGAGUCGCUCAUGGCGUACCAGAACCUUCGAGGAGACUGGUCCCCCCGCAGGGAGGGCGGGGGGGGCCACGGGUGGGGCACUGGACUCGAAGCCAUGCACCACGCGCUCGAACUUGAGAAGAGCGUGAAUCAAGCACUGCUGGAGCUGCACAUGGUGGCACUGCAGCACGAGGACAUUCAUGCUGCCACUCUCAUCCAGACCAACUUCAUCAACCCACAGGUCGAAAAGAUCUUCACCAUCAGUCAGUACAUCACUAACCUGGAGCGAGUGGGUCCUGGUCUUGGCGAAUACAUGUUCGACAAACUUCCGCAGAAUUAACUGGUACAAAUUGCAACUAAAAUAGAUUAGAAGCGUUAGUGAUUGCACUAUGAAACUGCUGAGAAGAUUCUACUUUGAGAUCGGAUGCGUUUGUUGAUGUAUAUAACAUAUGUGUAUAUAUAUAUAUAUAUAUAU